AUGAUGAUGGAGAAAUCAAAAGGAUCUGAGACACCCAGAGCAGGUCUGGAAAAGAGCAAGAGAGAGAUCCUGAGGAAUACCAAGAAGGCAUGGACACCUUUGGAUGGGCAUCCACUUCCUGGCUCUGAGGAGGAAAGCACAAUGGCCACUGUGCACAUGCAAGAAAAUUCCAAACAGGAAAGUAUCCAGCAGUGGCUGGACUCUGGAUUCUUUGUCUCUGUAAAUGAAAACUUCCAGCAAGCCAUCAACCAUUCUGCUUCUUUGCAUGAACAAGGAAUGGUUCAAAUGACUGUGAAAGACUAUAUGAGAUCUCUGCACCAGUUUUCAGAGACACCUACCCUGUCCAGAGGGACUAGUUUCAACUCUUGCUAUUCCACCACAGGUGUACCACAAAGCAUUCCUGAAUGGCUGGAAUUUUGGGAAAAAGAUCCAGUGGAGAUUCUCUUGGAUCUAGGUUUUGGUGCUGAUGAGCCAGAUAUCUGCACACAAAUCCCAGACAGAUUCCUUGGUUGCAGCUCUGCAGCCAGAGGCAUCAACAUCCGUGUCUUCCUUGAAGCACAGAAGCAGAGGAUGGACUUGGAGAACCCUGACUUGUAUGGCCGGUUCCGACAGUUGGAAAUCCUGGAUCAUGUGACCAAUGCCUUCUCAUCCUUGCUGAAUGAUGUUACCACCACCCAGAGCCAAGAUGAAGAGAAAUAUGGAAGACAGGGUGUGCAAAGCACCACAUCACGUGGAGCUAAAGAGCAUCACAGAGGAAUGAGUCAACUUUUAAAGAGAACUUCAAGGCAGAACACCAGGGGGCAUGGUAACCCAGCACUGUCAGAAUCAUUCAAGAUGGAAGAUGAAAUUUCUAUGCUGCCAACCAAGCCGUGGGAGUAUAGACUGGAACCACAAGUGGCUUCCAUUAGCCAUUACAGAAGUCAAGCGCCUCCUUCAAGAGAGCAUGAUUCUGUCCAAGCCUGCAAUGACUUGUCCUCUUGUCUUACUUCACAAACUAUUCGGGAUAAGCAGUGGCCUUGCUCAUCCACACUGGCAAAACAGCAUCCCCAGACCAGUGUGUCUGAGGGGUCAGUUAGGAGGAAAACAUGGAAGGAGAAAUGGAUUCACCUGGACAAACUCAAGAACUUGUCUCACAUUGUGAGUAAAGGAACAGACUCCUUUGAAAUGGAAGAGGUCCAAAGCUUUGAAGAAGAAACUGGCAACCCUCUUAACCUGAUUUCAGGAACUGUAGGCACCCGAGUGGGCAGAACAAACAGCUGUCAGUCAGAUAGCAGUGGGUUUUUGGAGGAGCUGCCAGAGCCCCAUUCCCUCCAGGUGUCUUCCUUGCCAGGCAGCCACAGUCCCACUGAGUGUAGAGGUAGCAAACCAAGCAAUCAGAGUCAUAGCCCAGCACCAUGGCAAGACUGUCAGCAAGAGUCCAAUGGCUCUAAAUCCAAGAGCAUGGUGAGCUCAUCUUUGUCAAGCCAAGGUGGGAGUAUCUUGGAAGGAAAAGUCUCAGGACCUGUGGAGGAGGAAGAACUUCAACUUGAGAUCAUGAAGAGGUCACCAGAAAGACUCAACCCAGAUAUGACCCUCACCAAGACCAUGAUGGUGGGAGAAUACCCAGGGAGUGCUGUUGAAACUGUAGCCACUUCUACAUGUGAUAAUCCAAUGGGGAUCAUGGUGACUCAUGUCACAGAAAAGGAAGACAGGUCUCUGAGGCAUCAGGGUACCGGGAAAAUGCUGAUACAAAGGCAUCACUCUGAGUCACCAAGGUCGUCCGGGAUUGAUCAGCCUCCAGACAAUUUCUAUAAUGUGGACUCUGAGGUCCCAGGAACAGAGGACAGCAGCAAGGUCUGCCCUGACAUCAAGCAAAGCUCAGUGGUGCCAGAGAGGCUAGCGCAGCACAGAGGAGCCAUGCCCUAUAAAGGUGACCUUGUUCAUAGCUCUGAGAAGUCAAUUCCCCACCUUGAUAAGCCAACUGGAGAUGCUCCCACUGACUCAAGUGCUGCCAGCUCUUGGUCUGAGACAACCCAGAUGUCCUGCAAUCUGGUGUCAGCUGCUCACAGUGUUGCAGACUUAGGAACCAACUAUAAAGGAACAUCUUUAGAAUGCAGUCCACAUGACCCUGUUAAUACCACAGACCUGAGACUGCAGACAGAAACAAAGCAAGUCAAUGAUGUCGCUGUUCAAACUUGUGCAUAUGAAUGGGAGCCCAGGCCCUCACAUAAUAAGGCCUCAAUUCAUAGGCCCUGGCCCUUCACCAAAUCCAUCUCUUUGGACACAGGUUUUCCUAGCACCUCCCCAACAGACCUCAUACCUGCCCACUGUUGUGUCUGCUGUCAUAUCUGUCCCAACUGCCAGGGGAGGAGGCAAAGCCCUGGCCCAGAACCCUCUCUUUGCAGGCAUUGCCUGUACUCACAUACAGAGGAUCCUGAAGCCAGGUUCAUGAAGACAUUGAAAAUACUUCGGGACACUACUGUGAGGGACUUGUGUUCUUGCACAGUCUAUGAAAUGGAAACCAUGAAGAUGGUGUGCCAGACUUUCCAGGAGCACUUAGAGGAAAUUGAACAGCACUUCAUGGGACAGCAGGCACUCUUUCCCAGGGACAUGUCAGAAGAGGAAAGGGAAGAGGCUGAGGACCUAAGAAGUUUACGAGAGGCCCUGAGGCAGCAGGUGGCAGAGCUGGCCUUUCAGUUAGGAGACCGAGCCAGGCAAAUCAAAGAAGGGAUCCUACUGCAGCUAGACCAUCUCUCAGAGGAGCUUCCUGAACAUUGUGCAAAUCUGCAACCGUGCAACUGGACAGAUGAAAAGCAUGGCCAGAGUUCAUGGGUUCAAACCCACACUGUGGCCCCUGAGUCUGUCCUUCCUGCCAGUAGUGAGAAGCAGACACCCUGCCUGAGGUUGCCUCAGCUGGUUGCCAUUGGUCACUCUGACCUUGAGACCAGAGGUGGGAUGGUUCUACAGUCACCAGCCAUGACAGAAUCAAGUCCAGGUCCUUCAUCAAGUAGUGCUGGAGAGUAA